AUGUCGUCAACUAUCCAAGCACAGAGCCUAAAGGACCCUGAGAUUGCAGAACUCUUCUCUAAAGAAGAUCCAGAGAAGCGCUUCACAGAUCUCAGAAAAGUUGGCCGGGGAGGCUUUGGAGCAGUGUUCUUUGCACGAGAUGUGCACACCAAUGAUGUGGUGGCUAUCAAGAGACUACCUUAUAGUGGAAGGAAGGCUAUGGAGAGAUGGCAGGGUAUUAUUAAGGAAGUCAGGUGCCUACGAACUUUAAAACAUCCCAACAUUGUAGAAUACAAAGGCUGGUAUUUACGUGAGCACAGAGCAUGGCUUGUAAUGGAAUAUUGUUCAGGAUCUGUUGUAGAUUUGCUGAAAGUUCACAAAAAGCCAUUACAAGAAAUGGAAAUAGCAGCAAUUAUACACGGUGCUCUUCAGGGAUUAGCCUACUUACAUUCUCGUGCCAUGAUCCAUAGAGACAUCAAAGCAGGAAAUAUCCUUCUGACAACACGAGGCCAGGUGAAACUUGCUGACUUUGGAUUUGCUUCCAUGACCUCUUCUGCCAAGUCUUUUGUGGGAACACCAUAUUGGAUAUACAAUAUUACAAUCUGCAAACUUGAACUGAUGCAGAAUGCACCCGUGCUCGGGGGAGUCUUUCCUCCAGGAUGCUGGUACGUGAUCAUGACAACUGGUGAGAAUAAGUCUAACACUGUGUACGCAACGCACCCAUUUCUUCUUCGGGAGCGCCCUACAACAGUGUUAACAGAUCUCCUUGAAAGGGCAAAGGAAGAAAAAAAAAGAGUCCUGGACAAUCUGCAGAAUCAAAAGACGAAGAAAGUCCUUUCCCAGGAGGCACAUAAAGGGCCAGCAGUAGGAGCACAGGAAGAAAAGGACCAAGAUCACGGUGUUGGACAGACAGGAGCAGUGCACAACAUUGGAAGUCAUCAGUCUGUUCCCCGUAUGUGCAACAGGACCAGGAGUCAAAGCGGUGGGGUUGACAUUCUUCAGGAUGCCUCGGGUAACAAGGAUGAGCUACCCGUGAUGGAGGGAAUCGAAACAAUUACGUCUAAUGAUUCUGCCAUCCGUUCAAGACCUUUGAGUAUUUGGAUUUCAGUGAAACAAAUUUCAACUUUGGUUACAAGGGAAAUGCCAGAACAUGAGCAGGAAACUCAGCUCAGAGAACAAAUGUCUGUCUGUAAGAGAAUUAUACAGCAACAUCAGAAACAGCUCAUGAAUCUGGAAAUGAAGUUAAGGGCUAAGAUGGAUGAGCACCAUCUCAGAUUAGAGAAAGAUCUUGAAACUCAGCGUAACACCUUAGCUGCAAAAAUGAAGAAACUUAUCAAGAAACAUCAGGCUGCAGUGGAAAAACAGGCUAAAGUGAUGUGCAACAAGGUGAAAAAAUUUCAGCAGCGUAUCCAGGAUGAGCAGAAGAAAGAACUGGAUAGCCUUUUGAAGACCCAGAAGAGAGAAUACAAACUUCGAAAGGAACAGCUUAAGGAGGAGCUGAAUGAAAACAAGAGCACCCCAAGAAAAGAAAAACAGGAAUGGCUUUCAAAGCAGAAAGAGAACAUACAGCAUUUCCAAGAAGAGGAAAAGACCAAUCUUCUUCAACAUCAGAGACGGUACCUAGAGCUGCAAUGCCAUCUCUUCGAAAGAAAGUUGUUACUUGGGUGCCAUAACUUGGAGCAGGACCUUGUCAGGGAGGAAUUAAAUAAAAGGCAGGCCCAGAAGGAGUUAGAGCAUGCAAUGCUACUGCGACAGCAUGAAUCCACGCAAGAACUGGAGUUCCGUCACCUCAACACAGUGCAGAAGAUGCGCUGUGAGUUGAUGAGUCUGCAGCAUCAAACCGAGCUCACUGACCAGCUGGAGCGUAAUAAACGGAGAGAGCGAGAACUAAGGCGGAAGCAUGUCAUGCAGGUUCGUCAGCAGCCUAAGAGUCUGAAGCCGCAUUUGGAUGAAGCACAGGAGGCAGAGUGCCAGGCUUUGAAAACGCAGCUGCAGCAGGAACUGGAGCUGCUGACUGAACUUCAGAGCAAGAUCAAAAUGCAGGCUGAGGCGCAAGACGCUCAGGAGCUUCGGGAGCUUGAACAGAGGGUCUCCCUUCGCAAGGCACUCUUAAAACAAAAGAUGGAAGAAGAGAUAUUGACAUCACAGAAUGAGUGCACUGAAAGGAUACGAAGCCUGCUGGAGCGUCGAGCAAAAGAGAUGAAUGCUUUCAAAUCUGAAAGCGAGGGACUAGGUUUUAGAAACGUCCUUUCUAACCUUGCCCCUGAGGCAUUCAGCCACAGCUCCCCCACAGCUCCUCACAGGGGGCAUCCCAUAGGUGGCCUACAACAAGCCUGGGGCCAUCCAAUAAAAGGUGGGUCCCCAGUCAUGCAGGUCACCCUUCUGAGCCAAUGCAUGGGGUACCCUGAGGUAGCAGUAUGGGAGUUCGCAAUAGCCUUCAGGUUCUGA